UCGAAACAAGGCAGCCAGUCAGGCUUGCAAGUGUUAGCAGCAAGCUAGGAAUGGCGCAAGAGAUAUUCACACUUCAGAUGAAAAGAAAACAUGAACUAAUGCAGUAUGACAGUAGGCAGAUGUUCCCGGGGGACCGUCGCUUGUAUAUUGAAGCCAACACAACUGAAGCAAAAUUGCGAAUUAAUAUAAUGUGGUGAACAGGACUGGAGCCGAAAGGGGCAGUGGGACCAGCAUCAGCAGGUUUCUAGCAUAGAUGAAGCAUGAAGAGCCCAGUGCACAGAUGCAGGGACGUGGAGCAUGGGCGUGGGCAAGCUUGGGCAGGAAACAGUUUCUUACAGCCAGAGCAACGCAUCCCUAUCUCCAAAGAUGCCAUCACUUCCUCGUCUGCCUCUGCCAUGUGGUUCAUCAAGGACGCCUGUGGCAUCAUUUGUGCCAUCAUCACGUGGCUGCUGGUUUUUUAUGCAGAAUUUGUGGUGUUGUUUGUAAUGCUGCUACCCUCCAAGAAUCUGACAUACAGCAUUGUCAAUGGGUCACUGUUCAAUGUUCUGGCCUUUCUUGCCCUCGCCUCACACCUCAGAGCCAUGUGCACUGACCCUGGGGCAGUGCCCAAAGGCAAUGCAACAAAGGAAUACAUCGAAAGCCUUCACCUGAAACCAGGACAGGUGGUCUACAAAUGUCCCAAGUGCUGUAGCAUCAAGCCUGACCGAGCACACCACUGCAGUGUUUGCAAACGCUGCAUACGGAAGAUGGACCACCAUUGCCCCUGGGUCAACAACUGUGUUGGGGAGAACAAUCAAAAGUACUUUGUGCUGUUCACAAUGUACAUUGCACUUGUCUCUCUCCAUGCUCUAUUCAUGGUGGUUUUCCAUUUUCUCUACUGCUUUGAAGACGAUUGGACAAAGUGCAGUUCCUUCUCUCCACCAGCAACAGUCAUCCUCCUCAUACUCCUGUGCUUUGAGGGACUCCUCUUCCUCAUCUUCACCUCUGUGAUGUUCGGUACCCAAGUCCACUCCAUCUGUACUGAUGAAACUGGAAUCGAACGCUUGAAGAGAGAGACGGGGAAGUGGGAGAAGGCGCCAUGCUGGGAAGCCAUGAAGAUGGCGUUUGGUGGUCCGUUCUCCCUGACCUGGUGCAGUCCCUUCUCUGGGAUGAGCUGCAAGAAGAGCCCCACAGAGCUUGCCACUGUUCCGCAGGGGGAGAUCAUCGAGGAGGACGUCAUAGAGAUCCCACUCAACUAGGACUGUCUAUAGACAGCCAUCUGCUGGGCUCCGUAUAUUUGUAUUUUAUACCUUUUAUCUAAUCUCUACAGUGCCGGGCUAUUAUUAUAGUAUUUGCCCCCUUCCUGUUUUUAGAUUUGGGAGGCAUAUGUGUCACACUUUGAUGUUUUGGAUUUGAUCUCACAAAGACAACCUAAGCAAAUACAAAUAUAUUUGGGUUGUCUUUGUGCGAUAUUAAAAUAGGGUUGAUGAUCUGAAACCAGGGAAGGCGAAAAUACUAUUUGUGUCAUUGCACAAGAAAAAUGCCUCUCCUUGAAUACCUGUCUCCAAGGGUGCUGUGAGGGAUUUUGGGGCCCAACAUUUCAAAAAAGAAAAUGUUUUCUAGGCCCUUAGACUUCUCUGUCUCAGUGCCAGAUUUGUUUUCCAAAACUGAAAACAACAAUGUGGACCACAUUUAAAAAUUACACCUUCAAAAUCAUUCCAAACAUAGUGUUUUGUAAAAAUGAGAAUGCACUCAUUGGCAAAGCUACCUUGGAUCACCUACUUUGUGCCUGGGAUCUACUCUGAAAUUACUGGUGGGCAAGCUAGCCAGAGCACAUCUCAUGUUACGUUAGGCCUAGACUUGACUAUAACAUUUGUGGUCAAAGUUCGAUUCCAUUCAGUGUACAGUGUUGCAGUACUUAUACAGCCAUGGCAAAAGGUAUUGGCAGUACGGUGAAUGCAAAAUAUCUGAUAGUAAUUCAUGCCUCCAAAAAUAUUUAGAAUUGCCUUUAGGUGCCACAAGAGUGUGGAAUAAUCACUACUUUUGUCUAAAUUAAGCUCCUCAAACCACUUCAACAUACAGUAAUUUCUUGGCACUGAGAUGGUGGCACAGCAAUACUUUUAUAGCUUUGUUGCAAAUAAAGGAUACAUUUUUAAAACGGCUGCAAAAGAUGUGGGGGUUUACCUUAAACUCAAAUGUUGUAUUCUACUAACUUGCUGCUUCAGUUUUCAUGUUUGUGAAUUCCAUUGAUUCUAUAUUGUUAUAAUGAGCACUUAUGGCCACAUAUACAUAAAAACUAUUUUUGGGUUCUUCGCAUUUCUUGGAUGGGCAAUAAAAAAUAAAAAUUGCAAAAUGAUUCCACUUACACAAAGCUGCAAAAACACCGAAGAUACUGUCAUCAAUGUACACUUACUGGACAAGCGUUAUCAAGCAAAUUGUCUUAUGUGGGACGAUUGCGCCAUCACCAGUUCAAUUGUAUUUUUGGAAUCUUUUUUUUUUUUUUUAAUUCACAAGAAUGUCAUGUAAACAAGGGGUCAACACUAAUUUUAAUAGCGCUUUUCAGCAUGUAGAAACUGUAAAAUGUUGCAGGAGCAAAGUUGGUCACAAAUUUGGAGUCACUCCAAACAUACACUGCGAUUGGCCGGCGACCAGUUCAGGGGGUACACCCAACUCUCGCCCGAAGAUAGCUGGGAUAGGCAACCCGCGUGAGGAGAAGCGGUGCAGAAAAUGGAUGGAUUGAUCCAAACUGUGGAGACCUUUAUAGUACCUACUUUGCAAACAAGAUAGAUUACUGUACUGCCUUUUCCGAGGAAAAUUAUUUUUUUUUAAAUUUCCUGAAUGGAAUUGAACGGAGGGAGUUAUUGUGGGCUUUUUUUUUUUUUUGUCCACUACUACCCAUUGGCUUUAUCGAAGUGGCAUGAGUGACGAAAGCAGCCUCAGAUGAACACCAACAGUAGCACAAACACAUUGUAUCCGCAUUUGUCUUUACCACUGUGCCUUAUCUUUCCUGACGUGCACGAAACAUUUUGUCACCUUUAACCUUAGUUGUGUCUCUUGUUUGUCUCUCGUGUGCUCCUGUUGUGUGUUGAGGUGGCAGCAUGAGGGCUUUGAACUCAUUAAAACGGGUGCUGGAAAUCA